CUUUCUUCUACUUCUUCUUCACCUGAAAUAAGUGCGAGGGAAGUGGCCCAAAGCACACAACUUCAGCUUAACCUCUUGUCCACAUAGUUUGGAUCUCACGAUGGGGUCAUCGGCAUCAGUCAAGGGAUCGCUGACGUUUUGUUGGUGUUUCUUAAUGCUGUUGCCAUGGAGUGCAGUUGCAGAAAUUUGUCAGAAAGUGAAACUGACUGUGCCUUCCGAAGUAAUUUACUCUGGAUCUUUAAUUGGGAAAGUUGAUCUUCAGCAUUGCCUUACCUCGGAUUACCUUGUCGUCCGAUCAAGCAAUCCACAAUUUGUAGUUUACAACGAUGGGUCAGUUUAUGCCGAAAGAAAAAUAUCAAUUCCUGAUAAAAUUUCUUUUGCAAUUUUCCUCGUGGAUAUAUCGACCAUGACUGAAAAGAAGUUGCCAGUUAAGGUGGUAACGAAAACAAAGAAUGUAAAAACAAGGUAUACCAGAGAGCUCCUGAAACGUACCAAGAGAAGAUGGCGCCCUCUGCCCUUUUCAGUCAUGGAGAGCUAUGUCGGUCCCUUCCCUCAUUUUGUUCAACAGAUCCAGUCUGACACUCAGGAGAACUAUACAAUUCUAUACUCCAUAACUGGCCAAGGUGUUAACCAACCACCAUUUAAUUUAUUUUAUAUUGAAGAAACCACGGGAAACAUAUAUAUCACUCAAAGGGUGGAUCGGGAAGAAUACCCAUUUUUUAAUCUGAUGGGCUAUGCAAAAACUAAAGAUGGAUAUUCACAAGAAAUGCCUUUGGAUAUAUUGAUUAAAGUAGAAGAUGACAAUGACAAUGCACCUAUCUUUACUGAGGCGGCAUUCUGCAUGGGAGUAUAUGAACACAGCAAUCAAGGUGUAAUCGUUGGAAGAGUAAAUGCCUCGGACAUCGAUGAGCCCAAUAGCCGUCAUACUCUCCUUAGAUACACUCUUCUUUCACAGAUUCCCCCAUCACCAAUAAUGUUUGCUGUAAAUCCAGAGUAUGGCAUAAUCACUACAACUACAAACAGACUAGAUAGAGAGGUAUUGGAUACAUAUGUACUUAUAAUAGAGGUGCGUGAUAUGGGUGGACAGCCUUUUGGUUUGUCCUCGACUGGAACAGCAUCCAUAACGGUUCUUGAUAUAAAUGACAAUGCACCGGAAUUUACGCAACAAUCUUACCAGGUGGAAGUAAACGAAAACGAAAGCGGAAUGGUCAUACUGAGGAUCCCUGUAACAGACAAAGACUUGGUCAAUUCUCCCAACUGGAGAGCUGUAUACACCAUAACACAAGGCAAUCAAAAGGGUUAUUUCAACAUAACAACGGACCCAGCUACCAAUGAGGGACUGCUUAGUGUUAUAAAGGGCUUGAAUUAUGAAGAAGAGAAUAGGGUUGUGAUACAGGUUGGAGUAACCAACGAAGUAAGUCUCAUUACGUCAUCUGGGACCAAAAGUAACAGCAUGAACACCGUCCCUGUUACAGUAAUAGUAAAAGAUGUCGAUGAAGGACCUGAAUUCCAACCAAUUAUUAAAACAAUACGUGUCCGAGAAAAUCAGACAAUUGGAACCGUAAUUGGGGAUUUUAUAGCUAUAGAUCCUGAAACUAAAAACAGUGCAGGCAUCAGGUACAGAGUGGAGGAUCGGUUGUCUUGGGUUACUAUUGGAGAAAGCAACGGUCAAAUAACAACGCUCAAAGUCCUGGAUUACGAAACCAAUGAAGUCACAAACCACCAACACAAUGUUACUGUAUAUGCAGUUGACCAAAGUGGCAAAACAGGCACAGGCACACUGAUAAUUAUUCUGGAAGAUAUUAAUGAUAAUGCACCGUUACUUGUUCGGACAGCUUCAAAUAUCUGCCAGACUGGCAGGACAUAUUCUGUAAUUGAAGCACAGGACCCUGAUGGUGCUCCCAACUCUGCUCCAUUCCGAUUCACCCUCGACCCCUCUGUUGCAAACCAGUGGACUAUUGUAGAUGCUGAUGGACAAUCUGCGCGUAUACAACCCAAAGGCGAUCUUGCUCUUGGAACAUAUGAAAUUCCUGUAGUAGUGGUUGACCAGCAAGGCCAUGGCAGAACACAGACAGUGACCGUUAGCAAAUGUGACUGCGCUGAUGGGAUCAACUGUAGUAAUCGGUUUAGCGAUAGGUGGGCUGCCUUAGGAGGAUUGGCAAUUCUGUUGAUGGUACUCGCCGCACUGCUGCUUGCUGCUCUUAUGUGUUGUUUGUUGGCUUGCAAAUGUGGUUCUGGAGCAGGGAAAGGCAAAUUAGGUUUUCCUGAUGAUGCUGCUCAGCAAAAUUUAAUUGUAACUAACACGGAGGCACCUGGAGCAGAUGUAAUGGAUCCAAAUUUUAAAGUUCCUGUGCACAUAGCAAAUCCAAAUACCUGCGGACUAGCUCCAUCCACAUCUGGUGGAUUUGUACAAGGAGGACAAAGCAGUAGUGAAAUGGGAGGGCAACAAACUAUUCAAAAAACAAGAGGCCUAACAACCGAAUCAUCAAGAGUUGGGACUAUGCAUGGCUAUCGCACGCAGGAUCAGAACAGACUCACUUACUCAGAAUGGCAAAACUUUAUGGGCAGUCAUAUUGGUGAUAAAUUAUACAUGUGUGGACAGGAUGAAGAGCACCAAAAUGGGGAGGAUUAUGUUUUGCCAUAUAAUUAUGAAGGAAAGGGGUCUCUGGCUGGUUCCGUAGGUUGCUGCAGUGAACUACGAGGUGAAGAUGAAAGACUAGACUUUUUAAACCAGCUUGAACCCAAGUUUAGAACAUUAGCAGAAGUCUGUGCAAAAAAAUAAA